AAAAGAAUGCCUUUAUGCCUUAGAAAAUGUUCAACCUAAAGGAUGGGUUAUCCGGCAAGAGUUUCCUCAUAGCUAUAGAUAUUUUGAUAACUUAUCCGAGUUUGAAAUAUGGCAUGAAUCGAUACCUAAAAACUAG